AUGAAACAGAUGCGAACAGAGCUCCAGGACAGUGGCAACAAGCUGACCCCCGAGCAGGAGGAACGUCUCCAGCACUAUGCAAAGCUCGUGGAGGAGACUGGCCAGACCCAGGUGGUAGCCAGUGGAGUUCAGAAAAAAGCCAUCAAAUCAGAACACAUGCAGUUCGCCACCGGACUCGGCGAGCAUCUCCUCGUCGAAUGCCGAAAACUGCAAGGCAAGCUAAACGAAAAGGAGGAGGCCCUUAACGCGCAGUCCGAAGAGCUGGACCGGGCGAAAACCCAGCAGAAAGCCAUCGAGGCCAAACUCGCCAAGUUGUCUCAAUCUGAGGACCGCUUCAAGGAGGAAAACUGGAACCUGGAGCUCAAGGUCACCGAGCUUAAGUCGCAGCUGUCCAACACGACCGAGCGGGUCAAGAAGCAGGCUGUGGAGUCCGGCCGAGUGGCCGACGCCCGAGCCACCGACACAGACACCAUUGAGGAGCUGCAGUACCGGGAGCAGGAACUCAAAAGCGAACUGGAGCAGUCCAAGGCUCGGUUCGAGUCUGAGCGGUCCGACUGGGAACGUCAGAGCGAGUCUCUCCAUGAAGAUCUGCAACAGUACCAGCGACGGGUGGCUGAGUUUGAAGAGGCAGAGAAGACCCGAGGACGAGAAUCCCAUGUGCCCGUGCCCAUGACUCCCUCCCCUGAAGAUGAGCUUUCCAGCGACUCUGAUAGAUCUCCUUCUGUGUCUCCUACUCGAGGAAUGACUCGAAGCACUUCUCGAAACGCUGCUUUGGAGGCUGAAACCUUGCGAGUAUCGUUCACUCAUCUCAUGAAACAGCUGCAAACAGCCAAAAACAACAUUUUCAAGGAGAAACACGUUUCUGCCGGCCUCAAGCGCGACCUUGCAGAGGCUCUGAAGAGCGCAGAGAAGGUCGAGAAGCUGACGAGCCACAAGCGGCCUGCCUUUGGCGCGGGCCGACGCCCCACGUCGCGAGUUCUGGAGGAGAACGACGAGUGGGAGGAUCUGGACGCAGGAAUUACUUCUGAAUACGUGUCAGCACUGGACACGGCCCAAUCGACCGAAGACGACUACAUGACGGGUGUGGAGACGCUGGACGGCGAUAGUGGAGCCGAAGAUACUGAGACGGAAGACGUUGUGCAGGAUCUCAAUCCCCGAAUGCUUUCCAUGGAGUCUGAGCUUGCUGGGGAGGAGUCUGAUUCAGACUUUGACGGUGACGAUGCUGGAAACUCCACUUUCCUCAAAAAGACUCGAUCUACUGCCUCUGUGGGCACAGUUGUGGGCGCGAACACAGCCCGACGAGCCCCUUCGUCUUCUCUGGCGCAAGAAUUCAUGUCUGAAGAAGACGUGGAGAAGUACGCGGAGAUGUAUGGAUUGGUGGUGGUGGCUCAAGAGGAGUACGACAGUCUGGUUGAAAGGGCCGAGAAAGAGGAAACCGUUUCUGAGGACUCUAUCGCUGCUGCUGCUGCCACAUUUGGACUCGCUGUCAUCUCUGCGGACAAACUCGCUGCUCUACAAGCUCCUCCUACUCUGGAGUCUCUCCAGCUGCAGGGUAAGGAGGUGCAGUGUACAGUGCUUCCCACGGACGAGUACGCCCAUCUCACCGAGUGCGUCAAUGCCCCUGGCCUCGAAUACAUCAAGGAGAAGGUGCCUAGCAGUCACGUCCUGCUGUCCAAGGAUGAACAUGAUGCCUUGUUGAUUCCUUCGGUGGAAGACAUCGAGAAGAAGUUGCCUGAUAGUCACGUAUUGCUAUCGAAGGAUACCCAUAAGGAAUUGCUCAACCCUACCAAGGAAUACGUUCAGACCAAGUUCCCCGAUCACGUGUUGCUUACGAAGGAUGUGCACGAGGAACUCUCGACCCCUUCUGUCGCUUCUCUCGAGAAGAAGAUCCCCACGUCUCACGUUCUUUUGACAAAGGAAGCACAUGAUGAGCUGACCAAUCCUAACGAGGAGCACGUGCGCGCCAAGUUCCCUGAUCACGUACUUCUGUCCAAGGCUGACCACGAUACCCUUACCAAGCCUGGUCUGGAGGAAGUCAAGAAACACGUUCCUAAUACGCAUGUUCUAUUGACAAAGGAGGAACACGUCGCUUUGGAGCAGCCUUCUGUUGAAUAUGUGGCCAAGAAGCUCCCUAAUCACGUGAUCAUUUCGAAGGAGGAGCACUCUGCUCUCGCUGAGCCCACCAUUGAACAGGUUCAGAGCAAACUUACAGGUCAUGUGAUCCUAACCAAGGAGGCCCACGCCGCUUUGGAGCAGCCCACUGUGGAGGAUGUCGCUGAGAAGCUACCUGGUCACGUGAUACUGUCUAAGGAGGAGCACCAAGAGUUGGUAGAACCGUCUGUGGAAGACGUUCAGAAGAAGCUCCCUGACCACGUAAUUAUCACCAAGGAAACUCAUAGCAGUCUCGUGACCCCUUCCCUCGACACAAUCAAAUCGCACGUUGGAAACUACAACUACCACGCGAUUCCUGCUGCCGAUUACGAAUCGCUGGUUGCAUCUGCAGAGUCUCCUUCUCUCGAGCACAUUAAGGAGAAAGUGGUGAGCCACGGUCACGUGGUUGUCGACGAGAAGGAGUAUUCCAGCCUCUGUCAGCCCACUAUCGACGUGCUUAAAUCACAUGCUUCUUCCCAUGAUCAUGUGAUUGUCCCCCAGUCAGAGUACACCAUUCUGACCCAGUCGGCCGAGUCGCCUACUUUGGAUCUCAUCAAGCAGCAGAUUGGAAAACACGACCACGUGGUUCUGCACCAGGACGAGUUUGUCAAGCUCUCGUCCCCUGACCUUUCUCUGCUCAAGGAGAAGGUUGGAUCCCAUGGACAUGUGAUUGUGGAGGAGGAGGAAUUUGAGCGGUUGAUGAAGCCGACUGUAGAGGACAUGAGGGAGAAGAGCGUUGCUCUUGGUCAUGUGUUAAUCGCAAAGGAUGAAUUUGAUCAAUUGAGCAAGACUGCCACCGAGCCUUCCCUGUUACACAUUAAGGGUAAGGCCAGUGCCCUUGGUCACGUGGUUGUGCCUGAGGACGAGUUUUCUAAGCUGACUAAGCCCUCUGUCGAGGACGUCAAGGCUCGCGCUGCGGAGCACAAUCAUGUGAUCAUCCCCAAGGAGGCGUUCUCCAAGCUCACCACUGCCGCCACCAGCCCGUCUCUCGAACAUAUUAAGGAGAAGGUUGGUGCUCACAGUCACGUUGUCAUUUCCGAGGACGACCACGCUGCUCUUAAGGCUCCCACCCUCGAUCAGCUGAGUCAGCACGCGGAAAGACACGAUUCCAAGAUUGUUCCCACCUCUGAGCUCGUUGAACUCACCCGAAAGAGCUCCAAACCGACCCCCGAGGAGCUAUCGAUGCGUGCUAAGACUCUCGGUCUCGUGGCUGUUCCGUUCACUGAGUUCGAGGCUCUUAAACGAGCUGCUGAGCCUCCUACUUACGAGCAGCUUGGUGACUACGCCAAGGAAAGUGGUCACGUGGUGGUCGACCAGAAGGAGUACGAGUCUCUGUCGUCUACUGUGUCAUCCCCGUCGGUCGACUUCCUUACCAAGCAGGCUGCAGCUUCUGGCAUGACUUUGGUUGCUCAGGACGAGUACGACAGCCUGUUGGAAACUGUGGGUGAGCCAUCCCGUGAUUUUAUCGCCCAGCACGCCAAGUCACAUGAUCUGGUUGUUCUGGACUCAAAGUCUCACGCUGAACUGGUACGAAAGAGCCAGAAACCAUCGGAAGACGAACUCCACUCGCAUGCCAAGACGCUGGGCUUUUCGGCGAUCGGAGCAGCAGCUCUGGCAUCACUAACAGCGCUGGCGAACAACCCUAGUCGUGAUCAUGUGACCUCAAAGGCCAAGGACCUCGGCUUGGUUGCUAUUGAUCGCGACGAUCACGCUGAGCUUGUGCGACAGACCACCAAGCCCACAGCUGCUGAAAUUGCUGCCCUGGCAGCUGGUGCUGGUCUCGUCACGGUGGAUAAAAAGGAAUGGAAGAACCUUGAAGACGCUGACCACGUGACUGAGCUUGCUUCUGGCCUAGGACUUGCAGCGGUACCGAAGCAGGAGUAUAAGGAGUUGCUGAGGAAGAGCUCCAAGCCCACAGAAGAGGAGGUCUCAGGAUUUGCACGUGCCAAGGGCCUGGAGGUGGUCAGCAAACAGGACAAGACGUUAUUGGAGGAUCCCCUCAAAUUUGCCGAAGCCAGAGGUGGACAUUUUGUGGUUGGUGAUGAGUUUGAGAGGCUGAGUAAGCCCUCAGUUGAGGAUAUUGCGUCGCGUGCUAAGGAAUUGGGUCACAUCUUCGUGGCCCAGAGCGAGUUUGAUAAGUUGGCCAAGCCAUCGGUUGCGGACCUAGAAACUCACGCCAAAUCACAUGGUCAUGUGAUUAUUCCAGUUGACACUCAUAAGGCUUUGGUUGCUGCUGAGGUCGAAUCCAAACGAGAUUUGACUGCAGAUGAACUCCAUAGCCACGCCAAGAAGCUAGAUCUGGUGGCUAUCACACAUCUAGAGCACGAGCUUCUGGCUGCUCCUACGCUGGACUCUGUCAAGCAGCAUGCCACUCGUCUUGGUCACGUUACUGUGCCCUCCGAGGAGUAUCACAGCAUGUCUGCUGAAGCCAACAAGCCUAUCAACCGGGAGUUUGUUGAGUCUGUUGCUCCAGGCUUAGGUUUGGCUGUGUUGUCUAAGAAGGAGUUAACUGAGUUGAAGGAGCCCGAUUUGGACACACUUUCGGCCCGUGCUAGAGCCCUGGAUUCGGUUGUGUUGUCUAAAACUGACCUUGAGAAAUUGGAGCACCCUUCCAUUGAUGUUCUCAAGGCCGAGGCAUCUUCCAAGGGCUUUUCUGUGGUUGAUUCAGCCGAAUAUGAGUCUCUUGUAACUCCUUCUGAGCAGCAGCUUCUUACUCAGGCUGCUAGACUUGGUUUGGUCACCGUCACUGAGAAGGAGUAUGAGCUGUUGAAGGCUCCAAACAAGGAACAACUGUCGAAGUUCGCUGAGAAGCACGGUCAUGUGCUGGUGCCCGAGGACGAGCAUAAGGAACUUGUUUCCCGGCCCACAGAGUUCACCCCCUCUCUGGACGACCUACACACCCACUCCAAGGCUGCCAACAUGGUGCUCCUCACUCCUGACGAGCACGAAGCCCUCACUCGACCGGCAGAGAAAGACGUGCGACGUCAUGCUGUGUCGCAUGGUCUGGGAGUUCUCGCCUUGGCUGACCUUGCAGCUCUCAAUUCCAAGGCCAACUCGCCUAGCAAAGAGCACGUGAUUGAGCAUGCCUCGAAACACGGCCUAGUAGCAACGGAUCAGAAGGAUUACAAUGUCCUGGUCCGAAAGGCGUCGGAGCCAUCUAAGGAUGAAGUCAUCGAUGCUGCAUCCAACCUCGGUCUGUCUGUGAUUUCUUCUGAGGAGUUGGAGGCUCUGGAGAGAAAGGUGACACAGCCCUCAAUUGCUGAAGUCACUGCCUCAGCUGCUGUCCUCUCUCUGGCGGUAAUCCCCGAGUCCGAACUUGGAGAGCUCAGAAAGUCGGCCGAGGAGCCUUCUAGAGAUACGUUAGAAAAAACGGCGAAGAGCCUGGGUCUGGUUGUGGUCGAGAAGAAGACCCAUAAGGAUCUCGUGCGAAGGGGUGCUGAGCCUACGUUGGCUGAGCUCAAGGAGGGUGCCAAUGGUCAUGGUCAUGUGAUGAUCCCGGAAUCUGAGCACGUCAAGCUGUCAGCUCCACUAACAACCGAGGACAUCGAGUCACGUGCUCGAAAUCUCGGCCUGGUGGCUGUUGUCCAGUCCGAUUAUGAUGAGCUCAAGCGGCAGGCCGAGUACCCCAGCGAGGCCGAGCUCGAGGCACGUGCCAAGACUCUGGGAGUGACUCUGGUGCCCGACGAUGAUCUGGCGCAGCUCAGACAGGCACAAUAUGAUGUCUAUGCUAAGGCCCAUCAGAUGACAUUGGUGAAGGAUGCGGAACUUGCUGAGUUGAAGGAGAAUCAGUAUGAGACUUAUGCCAAGACAAACGGACUGGUCUUUGUUCCCCAGGUGGAGUUGAAUGAGUUAAAGGACAACCACCACGAGACUUACACUUCUAAUAAGGGUCUUGUGAUGGUUCCAGGAGAAGAGUUGUCUGAGCUCAAGAACAGUCACUACGAGACUUACGCCAAGAGCAAGGAUCUCGUUAUGGUGCCUUCCAAGGAACUCUUUUCGCUGCGAAACUUCGAGAACGUGCCAUUUGACACUCUUGAGACUCAUGCCAAGAGCCAUGGUCACGUGAUGGUUCCGUCUAAGACUCUGGAUGAUCUCAAGGCCAAUUCUGUCGAGGAGUACACCAAAAAGAACGGGUUGUCUCUUGUCAAUGCCGGCGAGCUUGCUGAGCUGCAAUCACGUGCAGAUAACCCGUCCCGUGAGCUUUUGCAGCAGCAUGUUGGGAAUGCCGGCCUUGUUGCGUUGUCAGAAGAAGAACAUCAGAAGUUGUUGGCUCCUUCUAUUGAGGAGGUGAGUAAGCAUGCCGAGAAGCAUGGCCAUCAUGUGGUUUCAGCUGACGAGCUUGCUACUCUCAAGUCAUCACAGAUCAACAAGGACACUGUGGCUGCAUUCGCUUCUGCCUCUGGCUUAUCUCUCAUUGCAGUUGGGGAACUCGAACAGCUGCGUCGAAAGGUGUAUCACCCGACUGUGGCCGAAGUCCAAACCUCAGCCAAGAGUGUGGGUCUUGUUCCUCUGACCAAGGACGAGUACAACCAGAUUUUAUCUGAGAAUGAUGUGCUUUCGGAUUCUGGCGAUGUCGGAAACACCUCUGUCUCCUCCAUCACGUCGUCAAAGCGCCUUUCCUCCGUACUCGAAAAGCGAAACCAUUUCGAGGAUCUUAUCAAGGAAGAGAAGUCGCAAAAGCAGCGGGAGAAGAUCAUGGACUCGGUUAAGACGCUGGGCUUCAUUCCUGUGUCUUCUGAGGAGUACAAGCGGCUCGUGGACAACCAGAAGGAAUAUGCCCCUACCAAGGGCGAUGUGUUCAAGUCCGCGAAGGAGUUUGGACUGGUGGCUAUUCCUCAGGAAGAGUACAAGGGUAUUCUGAAGAAGGCCGCUCCGUUGACCAAGGAGCGUGUUGUUGCUGAUGCUGCUUCGUUGGGACUGGUUGUGUCUGAAGAGAGUAAGAAGGAUGUUUCUGGCGCUAGACGAGGCAGCAGAACAUCCGUCUCCCUCGAGAACGUGCCUCACGUGGCUACCAAGGAGGAGGUGGCAGCUCAGGCUGCCGAGCUUGGGCUGGAGGCCGUUCCUGUGACGUACAUCACGCAACUCAAGCGCAUUGCCGAAGCUCCUGAGGAAGAAGAUGUGCGGGAGAUGGCAUCCAAAUGUGGUCUUGUGGUGAUGAGUGAGGAAGAGGUCAAGAGGGCCAAUACAGUCCAAAAGGAGCUGUCUGCUGCCCAGCAGGCAGCCCUAGAGGCUCAGAACGAGUUGUCUGAGGCUAGACACUCGUUGUCAGAGACUCAGGCCCUCGCCCAGAGCCACGAGAAAUCCUUGGCUAUGGCUCGAUCGCCUGAUCUCCAACAGGUAGCUGUUCUGGCAGCUGCCCACGGCUGUGUCACCGUCAACAAGAGCGAGUUUGAGCAAAUGUCGGCGUUUGUGACAGCCAAGCAAGAGGAGGACGCCAAGCCGAGGGAAGUGCCCAAGGAGAAGCACUCUCUUGAGUCUCUCGGCGCCAUUGCAGCUGGUCUGGGACUGGCUGUUGUGCCGUUUGCUCAUAAGGAUAGAGUGAAGGAGGUUCCUGUGGAGAAGGAGGUGGUCCGAGAGGUGCCUGUGACCAAGGAGGUUGAGGUCAUCAAGGAGGUGCCUGUGGAGGUUGUCCGGGAAGUGGAAGUGGUUAAGGAGGUGCCUGUUGAAGUCAUCAGAGAAGUCGAGGUCAUUCGAGAAGUCGAAGUUCCCGUUGAAGUCAUCAAGGAGGUGAUCAAGGAGGUCCCCGUUGAAGUCAUCAAGGAGGUGGUCAAGGAGGUCCCCGUGGAAGUGGUGCGAGAAGUCGAAGUGUCUAGAGACCUCCCUACUACGUUCCAGGAAGCUACUCCUUCUGUCGACUUCCAUACUCAGGCCAAACAACUCGGAUUCACGCCUGUGCCGCACGCUGAGUAUCAUUCCUUGGCCAAUCCUUCAGACGAGGAGAUCCGCGAACGGGCCAAGGCGCGCGGUUUUGUUGCUGUUCCGUUCGGACAGUACUCGGAGCUGCAGAUCAAGGCUCAUCGGCAGUCUGUGCAUGACGAGGCGGGUGAAUCACGUGAUUUGCAGCGUGGCGAGACAGUGUCGCCCAACUCUGCACGUGACUCGAGUAUUCCCCUCACCGCAGCCGAAAUCGAGCACAAGGCUUCCACUCUCGGCCUGGUCACUCUCUCCGUUGAUAAGUACAAGGAGCUGGAGCGUCUGGCUGCCCAGCGACCCGAGCCUGUUGUCGUGAAACCCGAUCUGUCCAAACAGGACAUUGAGAGCCAUGCCAAGACGCACGGACUGGUUACGCUACCCUCAGCGACCUACACCAAGCUCGUGGCUGGCCAGAACCCCUCAGCCAACCAAGUGAGGGAUUUGGCUGCGAGAUACGGAUUGGUUGUGCUGACGUCCAAUGAGAUGGCUCGUCUGCAGCAGCAGCGAGAGACUCAACCCGUUGCUCAGAGCUAUCAGUCGGUUGCUUCUCACGCUACUUCUCCUCGACCGGUGCCCGAGAGCUCGUCUACUCGAUCGUCUGUCUACAGCUCUCUCCCCAUCGCUGCUGCAAAGGAGGCCAUUGAGAUGCAUUCUCCUCGAGGCUCCAUGUCUCGAGACUCGUCAGUGGCGUCCCAUUUGUCGCGGUACUCCGAUGCGCAGAGCCAUAUACAGACCGCCCAAACGGCGCAUGUAGUUGUACCUGCUCAGACCGCUCAACCUACAGCUCCUGGGCUGAUGGGACCCCCCGCAAUGACUUCCAGUUUCACUCGGCAGUCGGUACCCGCAUCCAGCUCGUUCCGAAGAGCUGUCUACGAGUCUCCUCAAAGCCAACACGCCACCCAGCAGCCACAGACUCCCCAGAGAGGCAUGACGGAGUCCCCGUCGUCUCUGCUCAUGUCGAACGCUACCAUCGCGUCCAACGCGUCGUUCAACGACAAGAACAUGAUUGCGGUGGUCACCCAGACCAUGAUUGGCGAGUACCUGUUCAAGUAUACGCGGCGGUUUGGCUCUGUGUCGGGUAUCUCUGAAAACAGACACCAGCGCUACUUCUGGGUCCAUCCGUACACCCUGACGUUGUACUGGUCUGUGGAGAACCCGUCAGCCGACGUCAAGGCUGGAAAGGUCAAGUCUGUGCCCAUCACGUCGGUCGUGUCCGAGGAAGACGAUAACCCCCUGCCUCCCGGGCUGUUCCACAAGAGCCUAUUGAUUGGAACUCCUGACAGAGUCAUCAAGGUCACGUGCCCCACCCGUCAGCGACAUAACAUCUGGUACUCUUCGCUGAGAUACCUGUUGACCCGGUCGCCUGACUUUCUGCUGGACGACGGAGAGGCCAAUUCUGCGUCGGGGGAUGAGUUGACUGCAGACGCACGGCUGGACAUGGAAAGACACAAGACGGUCACGGCGGCAUACCCCAGAAGGGAUUCGUCGUUGAGAGCCAUACCCCAGGUGAAGACACUGAGACGAUCUUCGUUCAGGAGGAAUUAG